AUGCAAGCGGUUCAGCAUGAAGGGCUUUCUGGCCUGGUCGAGCAGCCGGGUCUGGCAGACUCUGCCACUGUAGCUCGAGACCUGUCGCUUAAAGGCCCAGCACCCAAGAACGUCGCAUUUGAGUUGCUUCUCGAUGAGAACUCCAAAGUCCGAGCUCGUAUUCCGAUGCGCGUUCAAAUCUAUCCUCAUGACACCACAGACUCGAUCGUCACAACGGUCAAAAAUUUCUAUGGAAUAUAUGACGGUACUGCCAGUGGGGUCAGCUUCGAAGAUGAACACGGGACCACCCUCAUCGCAAGGUACGAGAAUCUCAAGAACAAUAGGACCGUAUACGUGCGAGUCAUUCCCAUUCAGCCCUAUGGGGAUCACUUCUAUAACGGCUUCAAUGUCGAGCCUCGCAAGCGGCCCAGUCUGGCAGAGCCUUUCCAGAUGGUAGAUGGAACGGCGCCGUUGGAUCAGCCAUCAGGGCCGGCCUCUCGGCUUGCAAGAAAGCGCAGCGCCUCUCCGUCGAACCGGAGUCUCCGCAGCGCUUCUCAGCACAAGCCUCCCUCCUGUGCGGGUAACAAAAGCCGGGCCUCAAGCACCCAUGGAGGUUUCCAUGAUGAUGAUGACUAUAGCGAUACCGAGAGCGCUUAUUCUCGCAGGGCUCGCAACGAACUCUUUGCUAGCUCUGAUAUCAGCAUGGAGAAUAUACUACAAGAUGGUCGUCGGAAACGACCCAAGUUCGAUAGCUCUGAGCUCCCACUGUUCGUUCCUCCCCAAGUGCCCCUCACUACCUCAACCUCCUCCAUCUCUCCCCAACGUCGAUCAAUUGGUCAGGAAGGCGCUGGGUCGCCUUUCGCACGCCCGCCGCAACGCCCGUAUAGCUAUCAGCAUGCGCUUCCAUCGCCACAAAGCUAUGGUCACAGCGAAUAUGGUCAGUCGGGGCGCAAUCCGAUUUAUGCGACUCCUAUGGUUCCGGACCAUGGAAAUCGCAUGCGCGACACGGGAGCCUAUAACAACUCGGCUAGCCGAGUGAGCGGUCCAGGCGUAUUGCCCACGCCUGACCCCACUAUCGCAAGCUGCAUCUCCGAUGAGGAUGUGGCGAUGCAAUUGAUACGUUUAGGCGAUGCGUCCAAUUUCUCUCAUGGACGCACCUCUGCCUCCACAUUGGACGAUGCCUUCAGUGGUGCCGCUGACGCUGCCUCGUCCACUGGUGCUACCAGCGAUGGGGAAGACUUUAGCGAGGACGAGGAUGACUUGCCAGCUCGUCGCCAGAGGUUGGACUCAAGCCCAAUGCUGCCGCCAGGAACCAUCAAGCGCCAUCUCAAGGGCUUGGAUGACAUCCUUCCCAGCGCCGAUAGCAGCGAUCACAGCUCGGAUGGUGCAGAUGAUGGUAUCAAGAGUGAAGCUGAGGAGGAUAUCCUUUACAAGGAGUUUGUACCCAAGGCAAAGAAGCCGAAGAACCGCCCCACAUCUUUCAAGGUUCGCAGCCAGAAGCCUGCACCUGCGAAGGUGAACAAAAGUAAGACCGCUAUGCCCGCUCCCCGCAGAUCAUCCGACAAGUCAGCUGCGCCUGUUCCGCCUCUCAGCCCGGCGUCUUCCCGGAAGGUCUCGGGGGGCUCGGUCAACUUUCAGCACCAGCUCGGUGCGGAUGAGGAAGACCUUUCUACCAAGCCUCGCUGCCAGCGGUGCCGCAAGAGCAAGAAGGGCUGUGACCGUCAGCGCCCCUGUGGACGUUGCAAGGACGCAGGCAUUGGAAUUGACGGCUGUCUCAGUGAGGAUGAGGGCAACGGUCGCAAAGGGCGUUACGGUCGCCAUAUGGGUGUCCCCGUGAAGAAGAAUGGGGAAGAGAUGGACGAAGACGAGGAGUUUUCAUUAACGCCUGCGACCCCUUCUAUCUCUUCGUCUAUAGUAGACAAGAAUAAGAAGCGAAAGCGCUAG